AUUGAACAAUGUCAGUGGCUUUAAGCCAGGUGUGUGUGCAACUGGUCUAAAGCUGGUAUAUAUAUGAAGUUACAUGACACUCUGUUUGGCUGCUGAAGCAAUCAACAUGAGCUUGAUCAUUUUGCUGGCACUAGUAGGAGCUGCUGUGGCAGCACCCAGCGUUGAAGAAAGAAUUGUCGGAGGCUCUGAGUGUGUUGCUCAUUCACAGCCAUGGAUGGUGUCUCUACACUAUGGCUACCACUUCUGUGGAGGAGUGCUCAUCAAUGAACAGUGGGUGCUCUCUACUGCCCAGUGCUGGUACAAUCCCUACAGCAUGCAACUUAUUUUGGGAGAUCAUGAUGUGCGUGUGUUUGAGGGAACUGAGCAGCUUAUGAAGAUAGAAAAUAUUAUCUGGCAUCCCAACUAUGACUACAAGACUCUGGACUAUGACAUUAUGCUAAUUAAGCUGUACCACCCAGUGAAAGUGACUAAUGCGGUGCGGCCAAUUUCUCUGCCAACUGGCUGUCCUUUUGAUGGAAUGCCCUGUACUGUCUCUGGCUGGGGGUCUCUCUAUGCAGAUUCCUUAUUCAUGCCAUUUCGUCUUCAAUGUGCUGAUAUCCCAAUUGUGGGUGAGCAGGAGUGUGAGAAGUCUUAUCCUGGUAUGCUGACCCGUAGAAUGGUGUGUGCCGGCCAAAAGGAGGGUGGCAAGGAUGCCUGCUCUAGAGAUGCAGGCAGUCCGCUGGUGUGUUAUGGAGAGGUGCAUGGGCUGGUGUCUUGGGGUCAAGGCUGUGGCCUGCCAGGCUACCCCGGUGUCUACGUCAAAGUGUGCGAUUUCCUCUACUGGAUCAAAGAUGUCAUUGCAGCAAACCCUUAGAGUUUCUCUCUGUAUUCCAUCUGCUUUUGCUCCUUGUCACACUCUUUAUUUCAUUGUCCACCUGGCACUCUUUUUCACCCAUGUGUCAUCCUGUAUGACUUUGGGAGUUCUCUGUUGUGCUGUCUAUUUUUGUUCCCACUCACACAUCAAAAAAAUGACCAAGUAGAAUUGGGUAGCAUGAAUAAAAAAUACCCCUGCUCUGA